AUGGGCCGGGCUCCAUGCUGCGAGGAAAUGGGCCUGAAGAAAGGCCCGUGGACUGCCGAAGAAGAUCAGAUACUCGUCCGCUACAUAAACCGGAAUGGCCAUGGGAAUUGGCGGGCUCUUCCCAAACGGGCUGGCUUGCUGCGAUGUGGAAAGAGUUGUCGCCUCCGGUGGGUGAAUUAUUUGAGGCCCGACGUUAAGAGAGGCAAUUUCACUUCCGACGAAGAGGAAAUCAUAAUAAAUUUGCAUAUGGAGCUAGGAAACAAAUGGUCAGAAAUAGCAGCAAGAUUGCCGGGCCGUACAGACAACGAAAUUAAGAAUGUUUGGCACACCCACUUGAAGAAAAAAGUCAACGGAACAAGUCAACCCGAGUCAAAAACCAAAACCCGGAAAAAUGAAUAUGAUAUUUUUUACCAGAAAAAUAAUGAGCACGCCGGCCAAAAUUCGCCGGCACAUUCCUCCGGCGAGAUCUCAUCGGCCGCUCGUGGCGGAAGCUCCGGAGAAUCUAACGUCUACACGACGUCGGAUUCUUUAAUGGACGAAAGGUUCUGGUCGGAGUUUCUCGCCGUAGACGAGUGGAGUGGCAAUAGCGAUUUGUUAUCUGGCAAUAGUGAUUGUGGGCUUCAAGUUCAACCUGCGAAUUUUUUCUUCACGGAGCUCGCCGUCUCUAUCACCGCCUUUCUUCCGCUUAAACGCGCCUUAUCCUUCUCAUCCCUGCGGCUUUGUUCUGCCAAUCCGCUUAUUAGAGCUAACAAAUUCCGGCGAAAUCCAUCAGAGUCUGCUCUGCAAAUCAUGGCGACUGCUUCAGUGGCUUUCAAAUCGAGGGAGGAUCACAGGAAACAGCUCGAACUAGAGGAGGCGCGUAAAGCGGGUCUUGCGCCAGCUGAAGUGGAUGAAGAUGGAAAAGAAAUCAAUCCUCACAUUCCACAGUAUAUGUCAUCAGCUCCUUGGUAUCUCAAUGCAGAGAGACCGAGUUUGAAGCAUCAAAGGAAGUGGAAAUCGGAUCCAAACUAUACUAAGUCGUGGUAUGAUAGAGGUGCAAAGACUUUUCAGGCGGACAAGUACAGAAAGGGUGCUUGUGAAAACUGUGGAGCAAUGACUCAUGAUAAGAAGUCAUGCGUGGAGAGGCCACGCAAAUUGGGAGCUAAGUGGACUGGCAAAAGUAUUGCCCCGGAUGAGAAGAUAGAGUCCUUUGAGCUCGAUUAUGAUGGAAAAAGGGAUCGUUGGAAUGGUUAUGAUGCUGCAUCUUAUAAACAUGUAAUUCAGAUGUAUGAAGCCAGGGAUGAAGCAAGGAACAAAUAUUUGAAGGAGCAACAACUUAAGAAACUGGAAGAGAAAAAUGGUAAUCAAAAUAACGAAGAGGGGGUUAGUGAUGAUGAAGAUAACGAUGAUUCACUGAGAGUUGAUGAGGCUAAAGUUGAUGAGAGCAAGCAAAUGGACUUUGCGAAGGUUGAAAAGCGUGUGCGCACAACUGGUGGUGGUAGCACUGGAACUGUUAGGAACUUGCGUAUUAGAGAGGACACUGCAAAAUACCUUCUUAAUCUAGAUGUUAACUCUGCCCACUAUGACCCGAAGACCCGUUCUAUGCGUGAAGACCCUCUUCCAGAUAUGGACCCUAAUGAGAAAUUCUAUGCUGGUGAUAACCAAAACAGAAUUAGUGGCCAAGCUUUAGAAUUCAAGCAGCUCAAUAUUCAUGCUUGGGAAGCAUUUGACAAGGGUCAUGAUGUUCAUAUGCAAGCGGCUCCCUCGCAAGCUGAAUUGCUUUAUAAGAACUUCAAGAUUAAUAAGGAGAAGUUGAAGUCUCAAACUAAAGAUACAAUUAUGGAGAAGUAUGGUAAUGCUGCCACAGAUGAGGUUCUUCCCCGGGAACUCUUACUGGGCCAGAGUGAGAGAGAAGUUGAAUAUGACAGAGCUGGUAGAAUCAUAAAAGGCCAGGAGAUGUCACUUCCGAAAAGCAAGUAUGAAGAAGAUGUUUACAUUAACAACCAUACAAGCGUGUGGGGCUCAUGGUGGAAGGAUCAUCAGUGGGGUUACAAGUGUUGCCAGCAGACGGUUAGGAACAGCUACUGUACAGGUGUUGCUGGUAUUGAGGCUGCCGAGGCUGCAUCAGAUCUCAUGAAAGCCAAUAUUGCUCGCAAAGAAGCCAAUGAAGAAUCAUCAGCACCGGCUGAAGAGAAAAGGAUGGCGACCUGGGGAUCCGAAGUGCCUGAUGAUCUUGUUUUGGACGAGAAGAAGUUGGCUGAAGCACUUCAGAAGGAGGAUGAAAGGAGGAGAGAAGAACGGGAUGAAAGGAAGAGAAAAUACAAUGUGAAGUGGAAUGACGAGGUUACUCCUGAAGAUAUGGAAGCUUAUAGGAUGAAGCGGGUUCAUCAUGACGACCCAAUGAAAGACUUCUUGCACUGA